CGACGAAUUUUGAGAUGCCACCAACAAGUCUUGUCCAGCCCAAGAUCGACAAGUCACGGUACCCAGGUAGACAUGGACGAGCCUUCAAUACCUGGGGCCUUUCCUACGGCGGCAGAGGAGAGUACCACCACUACCAACAGAACACCUAAAAGGAGGUUCGUUGGGAGGAGAACUGCGGAUGCGCAGGCAAAACAAAGGCAUGAGACCAAUGGCUCCGUUGAAGAAACGACGGCCGUGGUUGCGAAAAGUCAGCGCAAAACACCACGAGCCUUAAACCAAAUCCCAGCAGAAAUCCUCGACGACCCAGAUAUCCAGGCUGCGAUAGGCCUACUCCCUCAUAACUACAGUUUCGAGAUCCACAAGACCAUCCAUCGGAUACGAACGCUCGAGGCGAAGAGAGUCGCCCUACAAUUUCCUGAAGGGCUGCUCAUGUUUGCCACAACCAUCUCAGAUAUUCUCACCCAGUUCUGCCCUGGCACCGAGACUUUGAUCAUGGGAGAUGUGACAUAUGGCGCAUGCUGUAUUGAUGACUACACCGCAAGAGCGCUGGGAUGCGACCUCCUGGUUCACUAUGCCCACAGUUGUCUGAUACCUGUGUCGGCGACAAAGAUAGCCACUCUCUACAUCUUCGUAGACAUCUCCAUCGACGUGAAGCACCUGGUGAGCACUCUGUCGCGCAACAUUUCUCCGGGCAAGACGAUAGCCAUGGUGGGUACGAUACAGUUCAACGCAACCCUCCAUACAAUCAGACCUGCCCUCGAAGCCGAAGGGCUCAAGCUGGUCGUGCCUCAAGCCAUGCCGCUCAGCAAGGGCGAGGUACUCGGUUGUACCGCGCCUAAGAUUGGCAAAGACCAAAACGUGGACCUGAUCCUAUAUCUCGGCGAUGGUCGUUUCCACCUUGAAGCUGCGAUGAUAGCGAACCCUGACAUCCCAGCCUAUCGAUAUGAUCCUUACUCUCGAAAGUUGACGCGCGAGACAUAUUCUCACGAUGAAAUGCUAGACAUGCGGUCCAGCGCCAUCGGUGUCGCAAAGAAGGCCAAAAAAUGGGGCCUGAUUCUGGGAGCUUUGGGUCGGCAAGGCAAUCCUCAUACGCUGACCAUGAUACAAAAUUACCUGACCCAGCAAGGAAUACCCUAUAUCAACCUCUUACUCAGUGAAAUCUUUCCGGGGAAGCUGGCAUUGUUCGAAGAUGUGGAUUGUUGGGUCCAGAUUGCUUGUCCACGACUGAGCAUUGAUUGGGGAUAUGCUUUCCCUCGACCACUGUUGACGCCAUAUGAAGCCCUGGUGGUGUUAGGUGGGCAGCAAGGCUGGGAACGAGGUGACGGCACAUAUCCGAUGGACUUUUAUGCCAACAGUGGACUUGGCAGAACGACAGAGAAGCUUGCAGCUCAAGUUACAGUCUCUGGGUGAACAAGACGCUCAGGAAAGAAACCUCGAAAUUUGCAGCCCACCUGGAAAUAUCACCUACUGAUGCUCGGAAUCUCCAACAUAUGCACCAAUAUCCGCAACCUAGCAUCUUACAAAGGGACUAUUACAUGAACUUGCUGCGACUAUUUCACAGCGGAGAAGUACAUAAAUUUGCCCAAGAGGUCUAGAGGAUUUCCAUACAACCAGUGUAUAUAUAUAGCUGAUGAUGACGAUUUAUAUGACAUUGUAUCAAUACAGAACUAUUCUCCUGCUAUGACAGA